UAGGUUUGUCGUAACCCAAAGCCCUUUUGGCCAAUCACCAGAUCAGCCAAGUGUAAAAGACAUCAUGUUCUUCGAAGAUAAAGGGGAGUUCUACAUUGUAGACUUACACACACCUGAAGGAUUACAAGUAUGUGUGGUGCCAGAUAUUUGGUGUUACUACGUAGACGACAAAUUCUGCUGUGUUUGGCCACAUUUUCAUCAGACAAAGGAAAUCAAGAGUAGGACUCAACCCAAGAGAGAGUGGGCCUCAUUCUAUGCGGAUAAGAGAAAUAAGACUUUUGGAAGCUACAACGAAGCUAAAGCCAAAGAAAUUACUGCCACUCAAAAGACAGAUUUAGCUUCUGAGCCCGAAGAUCUUGGAAGGGGUAAGAGGGUUCGCAGGAUGAGGAGACCAUUUUCUCCUGCAAUUGACUACCAUCUUGACUCAUCGUCGUGUAGCGAAGAAGAAGGUGCUUCACAACUGAUGAAAAAUGGAUUGCCUCCUGCCCCAUUCUUAUUGCCGGUCGCCCAGUCAACGGCCCUUUCAGAUGAAGGUACACCAGGAUAUUAUAGUUCGCUACCAAACGAAGAGAAUACAGUAUCACCAACUCAAGAGAUCUGCAGUGAGUUAAUCAGUGCACCAAUCACUUCUCCACAGUCUAGCAGUGAAGUUGAAGAUCGUUCUAUGCAAAUCCAUGGACAAGUUCAACGCAAGAAUUCAGGCGCUGCUGGCUCAACUUAUAGAAAAGAAUCAAUGAAAGUACAUCAGGAUAUUGUAGUUCGCUACCAAACGAAGACAAUGCAGUAUCACCAACUCAAGAGAUCUGCAGUCAGUUAAUUAGUUCACCAAUCACUUCUCCACAGUCUAGCAAUGAAGUUGAAGAUCGUUCUAUGCAAAUCCAUGGACAAGUUCAACGCAUGAAUUCAGGCGUUUCUGGCUCAACUUAUACAGAGAAUGUCGUUGCUGGGUCCUCCGGCACUCCAGCAUGUGGUUCAUCUGGGACAAUGGGAACGUUUAACCGUUAUGUAGUAUCACAACAAGAUUUUCCAUUCUUCGUGCCCUGAAGCAAGUCAAUGCUACAAUGAAGGAGAUGGAUCGAAAAAUUUUAUCCAUAGAUAAGAAGGUGGGAAGACGGCAACUGAAGAAACUACUUUUGCUGACAUCGAAGAUUUCCCAGUAUCUUUUCCGCUAGCAAACGUUGAAGAAUUCAUUAAGCUUGAAGACAUACUAAAUGAAGAUCCAUCUAAAGCUGCCAUUGUGGUAAUAGUUUACGUCAAGUUUUACAUAACAAAUUUUUACAUGUACUUUGGCAGUAUCAGUUAGUAAAGUCGUGUGGUGGGAUGUCGGAAUCGGAUGCGAUUUGUCGGGCGUGGAUCAAAAUUACUUCCAUUGAGUGUCGCUCUGACUGCAAUUGGAAGGGUGUCAAAGAGGCACUCACCAGAAACAUGGGCUCGAACUUUCAUCGAUUAAGGAUGCUGUAUUAAAGGGAAUCAGAAUGAACGCUACGUACGCAGAUCUCAAGGAUGCGGUGUUUGAACAUGAGACCAGGAAGUUUUUC